CCAGGUCAGCGACGAUUGCAACGGCCGCAUUUGCAACUCAAUCCAUCACCAACACAAUCCGAAAAUAAUGGCCGCUUCCCAGAUUAGGGCCAUUGGCUCUAUUUCGCGCAGCCUGCGCGUCUCCCACCGGGCCUUCUCCAUGUCCGCCCGCCGCUUCGAAUCCUCCGUCUCGACAUCAAAGGCCGAAACCUCCCUCGCCGAGGCCGAACGAGAGCUCCCUCAGUCUCCUAACCGCGUUGGCGUCUGGUCUAGAACUCAAAAACCCAGAGUUUCCGCCAUGACUGGUCCUCGCUUUGAGCAGACCGACUUCGAUCUCCAGCCACAACCUCUUUCCGCCAUGGAAAUGGUCCACAAGCAGCCUGUUAUCUGGACACACAGCUCAAUGGUUGUUUGCGAAGGCACUGGUGAGGGCAAGGGCCACCCCAAGAUCUACAUCAACACAGAUAAACCCGAAAUUGCCGUCUGCGGCUACUGCGGCCAGCCCUACGCCAACGAACACAACCGAAAGCACCUCGAAUCUCUCCCCGAAACCUCUUACCCCCUCUCAUAAUGUUAUUGCGGUUGUUGAAAUUGCGGUUGUUGAAAUUAGGUGGUUAGAUAUCGGGUGUUUGUUUCCAUUGCAAAAUGAUUCUGAAGCGACUAUCUGCGGGAUAGACCAAAACUUACUUGUAUCAGAUUAGAAGGCAUGAGAACGUAGGCUAGCUGUACAUGUUUCCUUUGUUAAACUACAUCCUCUUGAACUUGAACGCCUUGGCGAAGCUCUCCCCUCCAAA